AUGAGCCGAAACGCACCAAAGUCGAGUUGGGCCGACGAAGUUGGAGAAGAAUUUGAUCCGCUUCCGCUUACCGACGGGAAUGGUAUCAAAACCAUUACUGAGUACAAAACGAACGAUGACGGAAAAAAAGUAAAGGUUACUCGAAAGAUCAAGAAAACAUUAAUUACAGAACGCGUUAAUAAGCCAGUAGCUGAGAGAAAGAAAUGGGCCAAAUUUGGUGAAGAACGUGGUAAAAAAGUUGGACCGGAUCUCAGUACCACAAGCAUUGGAGAACAGAUAUAUUUGAAACUUUCGAGUACCGGCAAGCAUGCCGAAAAUAUCGAGGAAAAUGAUCCAAAUAAAAAGAAACUGUUGAAAAAAAUUCUUUGUCGUAUUUGUAAGGGUGACCAUUUCACCACAAAAUGCCCAUACAAAGAUACGCUUCAACCUUUAGAAGAACUUAGUACGGCUCUUCAGGAGGGAACAAAAGACGCACCUUCGGACGUAGAGCAAGCACAACCUGAGUCUUCUAGUGGUGGAGGAAAAUAUGUUCCACCUAGUUUGAGAGGAGCCACGAGAUCUUCUACUGGGGAUUCGUUUAAAGAGAGGAGAGGCAUGUUCAGAAAUUUUAACUUACACAGAUACCCGGACGACGCUACCAUUCGCGUUACCAAUUUAUCCGAAGAUACUACAGAAGGAGAUAUAAGUGAUUUGUUCCGUAAAUUUGGUAGCAUCUCGCGCAUUUAUCUUGCCCGAGAUCGUGACACAAAUGUCUGCAAAGGUUUUGCAUUUGUCAGUUUUGUAGUCCGUGAUGAUGCUUCCAAAGCUUUGAAGGCCAUUAAUGGUUAUGGUUAUGAUAAUUUGAUUCUUCGAGUUGAAUGGGCCAAGUGA